AUGAAGGGCAAUAGCGACGACAGCAGCAGCAGCGAGGAAUACGUCGAUAUAGAUGUCAACGGCGACGACGACUGGGUGGAUGAAGCCCCCAGGAGACCCAAUGGGAAAACGGCGAAGUCCCGGAGGUUGAGAGUGCAAGAUACGAAGGGUCAGUCGCAUCUCAGAACGUCGUUGAGAAAGCGGAAAACUGUGCAGUACGUGCCAGAGAGCGUCGACACAGACGGUGGUCAAGAGGAAGAGGAGGAGGAAGAGUUUCCAGAUGCUCGAUCUCAAGAUGAUGAGAUGAUCGGCGAUGACGACGACGAAGACGACGGAAUCCCAGAGGAUAUCGGUGAAGAACCCAUUGAUGAUGAAGAAGAGGAGGAGGAAGAGGAAGAGGAGGAGCCUCGGGAGGACGCUGACGAGUCUCGCGAACCAGAAGAUGCCGCGCAGGAGGCCCAGUUACGCAGGGCAGAGACUGCGAGAAAGCGCAAGAACAUGAAGGAUAAGAAGCUGGAGGAGGAGAAGCGGGACACGAUCAACAAGUUACUCAAGAAACGUGCCUCGAAGACGCGGGCGCACGUCGACGACAACUCCCGGGGCUCCGCUGCCGUUGACGACGCCCACGCGGAACCAGGAGCGCUCUUCAAAAGGCAGCGGAGACCGUACCGCUCGGAGGGGAUGCGCCGCACAUUCAGGACGGGCCAAUUGGACCUCUACUGCUUCGAUUAG